CUAGAUGACAGCCGAAGUCACGUGACUCACCAAAACUGUGGGCUUCUUAAGAAUAGGACCCAACUAAACAUACUUCAGAAUUGUGAAGAAGGCGAGGGGUUUAUCGGUACAUUAAUUCUAAAUAGGUUUAUUGAAAAUGGAAAAAUCGAACGCGAUGGAGAUGAAGUCGAGCGAUUACCCAUCGAAAACGGAAACUUUUCCCAUGACUAAAUUCCAAAUAUUAAAGAACUUGUUAAUUAUUAGUUUCGGAUUCUGUUUCUUGUUCACGGCCUUUCAAUCCCUGUCAAACUUACAGAGCACACUAAACAAAGAGGAGGGCGUGGGUACGGGAGGCUUAGCCAUCUUGUAUGCUGCGUUGGUCAUCAGUUGCAUGUUUGUACCUUCUGUUGCCAUAGGAAAACUGGGCUGUAAAUGGACAAUUGCUGCCUCCAUGUGUUGCUAUGUUGUGUAUAUGGCCGCAAAUUUCUAUGCUGUGUGGGGUUUGAUGGUACCAGCAUCUAUUAUUAUAGGACUGGGUGCUGCCCCGUUGUGGUCAGCUAAAUGUACAUACCUGACACAGGUAUCUGUGUGGUAUUCCAAGAUGACAGGAACCACUCAAGACGAUAUUGUCAACCGAUUUUUCGGAUUCUUCUUCAUGUUCUUCCAAACAAGUCAGAUUUGGGGCAACUUGAUAUCUUCUGAAAUAUUUAGUCAACGUCCAGAUAACCAAUCUUUGUAUCUCAACGUCAGUACAGAAGACCUAGCAAGCUGUGGUGCUAAUUUUGAUCCUACAAUUAAGGAAAAUAAGACGACCCUGAAGAAACCAGAACUAGACCAGGUAUACCUUGUGUGUGGGAUAUAUACAGGAUGUGCAGUGAUAGCUGUUAUUAUCAUAUCAGUUUUGUUGGACCCAAUCAAGCUGGACAAAGACAACCAUGACAAGUAUGGACAGUUUUCUUUUGACCUGGUCAUUGCGACAUUUAAGCACUGGUGGAGGUCCCCUUACCAGAAACUCUUAAUGGUGCUGACAUUUUACAGCGGUGUAGAACAAGGCUUUGUUGGAAGCGAUUUCACAAAGUCAUAUAUUGGAUGUGCUCUUGGGAUCUGGAACAUAGGAUACGUCAUGAUUUGUUAUGGUGUGGUAGACGCACUCUGUUCCUUCGCCUUCGGACGGUUGGUCCAAUUUGUAGGCCACAUUCCAUUCUUCAUCCUCGCGUUCCUUGUACACGGAGGUAUACAGAUAGCGUUGAUGUUCUGGACACCGGAUCCAGAUAUGAUAUAUUUGUUUUACAUCAUCGCUGCACUUUGGGGAAUGGGUGACGCUGUCAUUCAAACCCAAAUAAAUGCCUACUACGGUUAUCUAUUUACUGACCAUUCGGAGGCAGCUUUCUCUAAUUACCGUCUUUGGGAAUCUCUGGGAUUUAUCCUUGCGUUUGGUUACGGAAAUUUUGUGAGGACUGACAUCAAGUUGUACUUGACUUUCACUAUCCUAGUGGUGGGAAUGUUCCUGUACGGAAUCACAGAGUUCAUGGAGAGACGGGAUAGAAAAUCCAUUCCCAUUCAAGAGAAGACAAAGCUUUAAUUCAUCAAUAAUGUCACAUGUUGGUGCUUACAAAAAAGACAUCGGACUUUUUCGACGAUUUGUAUAACUUUCAUAAGUAUAUUUUUGACAAGUGUUGAUUUUAUGUUUAUUAUAAAAUAGAUCAAAAACACUUCAGCAGCAUAUACAGUGAGUUUGUUCCUGUAAACCACAAAUGGUCAGUUUUCCGAAAUUCAUGCAAAUUUCAGAUCAUUUUUCUAAGUCAAUCGAUAUUUUUUUUUUUUACCAUUUUUAUGGUUCUCUUGAUCGCUACAUUUGUUAUGGUUCAUGUGUCUUAUGAGUUAAUGUAAUGGGUUGUGUCUUUAUAAAUCCCAGCAUAUAUAUGUGUGCCUUGGGUAACUAUUUUUAUAUUUAAAUGUGGAACAAAUAUUUUUUAUAUAUAUACAUAAUUAUGAAUAUUUUUACGUUAGAAAGACAAAACGCGCCUUGACAAUGGUACAUGUAUUUAUAAAUGUAACUUGCUUUGAUAUGAGCAAAAUAAAUUUUUUGAAAGAACA